CAUGACCAUGCAAAAUGGCGGCGGCCACAGCCGCUAACUCGGACGAAAAGCCAGGACCAGUCUCAACGGGCGUCAAAGAACAUUUAUAUAAAAUACUCGUAAUUGGAGAGUUUGGCGUAGGAAAAACAUCGAUCAUCAGAAGAUAUACUGAAGGUAAUUUCUCACCCAACUAUAAGCUAACCAUCGGGGUGGACUUUGCCCUGAAGACAGUAGACUGGAACAAGGACACAAAGGUCAACUUACAACUGUGGGACAUUGCAGGACAUGAGAGGUUUGGUCACAUGACCCGAGUCUAUUACAAAUAUGCAAUUGCUGCAAUUAUAUGCUUUGACUUGUCAAGACCAGCAACAUUUGAUUCAGUUCUAAAAUGGCUGAAUGAUGUAAAUUCCAAAGUGAUGCUAGCCAAUGAACAGCCGGUGCCAAUCAUGCUGCUGGCCAAUAAGUGCGACAUCGAUGAUGUGCAGGCAGACACAGACAUUGUCAACAAGUUCUGCAGGGACUACAACUUUAUAGGCUGGUUUCAGACAUCGGCUAAAUCCGAUAUCAAUAUAGAAAAAGCCAUGAACUUCCUCGUGGAGCACAUCUUGUCCCUGCCCACCGAGAGCCAGCAGCCAAGCGAGCAUGUGUCCCUGCAGUCUUCUGUCACCACCCCCAACGACUUCCAGGAACACCCCCGUCCCCCUCACAAACAGGAGAGGGGGUGCUGCAGCUAACAACAGCUGUGCACAGUAGACACCAGCAGACUGGUCAGGGUCACCACACCACAGUUUGUGGGGGGUGGGGGAGUGUCAGUGUCAGGGUCAGGGUCACCACACCACAGUUUGUGUGGGGUGGGGGAGUGUCAGUGUCAGGGUUAGGGUCACCACAUCAGGACUUGGGUUGUCAGUGUCAGGGUCACCACACCACAGUUUGUGUGGGUGGGGGUGGGGGAGUGUCAGUGUCAGGGUUAGGGUCACCACAUCAGGGCUUGGGUUGUCAGUGUCAGGGUCAGGGUCACCAUGCCACAGUUUGUGUGGGUGGGGGUGGGGGAUUGUCAGGGUCAGGGUUAGGAUCACCACAUCAGGACUUGGGUUGUCAGUGUCAGGGUCAGGGUCACCAUGCCACAGUUUGGGUGG